UUAAAUAGAGCAGCCAAAAGAGAAACUCCCCCUCUUCUCUGCACUAAGAGAAAAGAAACAGAAAAAAGUUUGUUGAUGAAGAAUUGAAGAAGAACAAAAUGAGCUACAAGAAAAUCAGCCUCCUUUUCCUCAUCAUUUCUGCACCUCUUUUUUCCACUUCUUUUGCAGGCCGAGUUCGUAAGUCAUUGGUGUCAAAUGUAGUGAGCACAAGUUAUGAGGAUUUUUGGAGUGUAAAAAAAUGGCAGGAUUUGGAAUCGUGGGAGGCAGUAAGGCACGACGAAGAGAGUGAAAUUCAUGGAAGAGUUCUAAAAGUGAAAACAAAUGAUUAUGGAAGAUAUGAUCCUGCGCCUUCUUUCGUUAAGCCUCCUUUCAAACUCAUUCCCAACUAGUUCUAAUAUUCAAACUCAUCUCCACUCUCCACCCACAUCAUCUUAUAAUGUCCUAUGUAAUGUGAAUCUAUAUAGUUAGUGUGUCACAAAUAUAUAUAUACUAUAUAUAGUAAUGAUGAAUCCCUUCUUGUCUUGUAAAAUGUAUGCCUACGCAUGUACUUGUAUCAUGAAUGUUGGGUUUUGUAUGUUACUCUUUUCAAUCUAUAAAAUACAUGUGUGUGUAGAAUGGUA